UGGGAUGCCGGCGAGCCCCUUCCUUCCGCUUUUAGCCGCGCCCCUUGGAAAAAAAAAAAUACCGGCGGCUGCCUGAGAAAGAAAGAGGCGAGGAAGGAAGCACAUAACGGAGAGAGGUGCAAAGGUCAUCAUUUUCCUCCCACGGAGGUUUUCGCCCGCCGGCUUUGUAGAUUUCCGUUUGAGGAGUUUGAUCUGAGCAGUGCUUCGAUUUGCUGACGAGAAAGAUGGCUGAUCCUUGGCAAGAAUGCAUGGAUUUUGCAGUUAUUUUAGCAAGAAAAGCUGGAGAGGUAGUUCGGGAAGCACUAACAAAGGACAUAGCUAUCAUGAUUAAAAGCUCUCCAGCAGAUCUAGUGACUGUCACUGAUCAAAAAGUAGAAAAUAUGCUUAUUUCUUCUAUAAAGGAAAAAUACCCAUCUCACAGUUUUAUUGGAGAAGAAUCUGUUGCUGCUGGUGCAAAAAGUACCUUGACAGAUAAUCCCACUUGGAUUAUUGACCCUAUUGAUGGAACGACUAACUUUGUUCACAGGUUUCCCUUUGUGGCUGUUUCAAUUGGCUUUGUUGUAAAGAAACAGAUGGAAUUUGGAAUUGUAUACAGCUGUGUAGAAGACAAAAUGUACACCGGCAGGAAAGGAAAAGGAGCAUUUUGCAACGGGCAAAAGCUCCAAGUAUCAAAACAACAAGAUAUUACCAAAGCACUCUUAGUGUCAGAGUUGGGAUCCAACCGUGAUCCAGAGGUUAUAAAAACUGUUCUUUCUAACAUGCAAAGACUACUGAACAUUCCUAUUCAUGGGAUUAGAGCAGUUGGGACUGCAGCCGUAAACAUGUGCCUGGUGGCAACAGGAGGAGCAGAUGCCUACUACGAGAUGGGCAUUCACUGCUGGGAUAUGGCAGGGGCUGGGAUUAUCAUUAUGGAAGCGGGCGGAGUGCUGCUCGAUGUCUCAGGGGCACCAUUUGAUUUGAUGUCAAGAAGAAUAAUUGCUGCAAAUAGCCAAGUACUAGCAGAGCGGAUAGCAAAAGAGAUUCAGAUCAUUCCCUACCAAAGGGAUGACGAAACAAAUUAAAUGUUAUAAUUGCACCAUCUCUGUUAUGGACAAUUCCUAUCAGCUGGUCUGUAUACUUAAAAAGAGCUUUUAAUGUGAAAUGCACCCUUUGUGCUAGGGCACGUGAUAUAGAUCUGUUGCUGAAUUCUGACAUUUCAAAGCUUGAUGCUUCAGUCCUUCCCAAAGUUCCUAGAAAUGUGUUCUGU